AUGUCCGAUAGUCUGGAUAUUGAAGAGAAACCUCCAGCCCCGCCGUUGAGAAUGAACAGCAACAACCGCGACUCUUCAGCGCUAAACCACAGCUCCAAACCGCUCCCCAUGGCCCCCGAGGAGAAGAACAAGAAAGCCCGGCUCCGCUCCAUCUUCCCAGGAGGAGGGGAUAAAACCAACAAGAAGAAGGAGAAAGAGCGUCCUGAGAUCUCUCUUCCUUCAGACUUCGAACACACCAUUCACGUGGGAUUUGAUGCCGUCACGGGAGAAUUCACACCAGAUCUCUAUGGCUCACAGAUGUGCACAGGGAAGCUCCCAGAGGGCAUUCCGGAGCAAUGGGCCAGGCUACUACAGACCUCCAACAUCACAAAACUGGAGCAGAAGAAGAACCCACAAGCUGUCCUAGAUGUUCUCAAAUUUUACGAUUCCAAAGAAACAGUUAACAACCAGAAAUACAUGAGCUUUACGUCAGGAGAUAAAAGCGCCCAUGGAUACAUAGAAGCCCAUCCUUCGAGCACAAAAACAGCAUCAGAACCCCCGCUAGCUCCCUCAGUUUCUGAAGAAGAGGAUGAAGAUGAUGAAGAAGAGGAAGACGACAAUGAACCUCCCCCUGUUAUCGCACCACGGCCUGAACACACGAAAUCCAUUUACACCCGCUCUGUAAUUGAACCUGCCGCUGCACCAGCACCCGCUAAAGAAGCCACCACUCCCCAGCCUGAAAACUCAAACACAAACACCUUGUACAGAAACACAGACCGGCAGCGAAAAAAAUCCAAGAUGACAGAUGAGGAGAUCCUAGAGAAACUGAGGAGCAUUGUGAGUGUGGGAGAUCCUAAGAAGAAAUACACUCGAUUUGAAAAAAUUGGCCAAGGGGCGUCGGGAACUGUUUACACAGCAAUCGACAUCGCCACGGGACAAGAGGUGGCCAUAAAGCAAAUGAAUCUCCAACAACAGCCCAAAAAGGAACUAAUUAUUAAUGAAAUCCUGGUCAUGAGGGAAAAUAAGAACCCCAAUAUUGUUAACUAUUUAGACAGCUACCUAGUGGGUGAUGAGCUCUGGGUGGUUAUGGAAUACUUGGCUGGAGGCUCCCUAACCGACGUUGUUACGGAGACCUGUAUGGAUGAGGGACAGAUCGCGGCGGUCUGUCGGGAGUGCCUGCAAGCUCUGGAUUUCCUUCAUUCAAACCAAGUGAUUCACAGAGACAUCAAAAGCGACAAUAUUCUUCUCGGAAUGGAUGGAUCUGUCAAAUUGACUGAUUUUGGCUUCUGUGCUCAGAUCACCCCUGAGCAGAGUAAGCGGAGCACAAUGGUCGGGACUCCUUACUGGAUGGCACCAGAAGUGGUGACGAGAAAAGCGUACGGCCCCAAGGUGGACAUCUGGUCACUUGGGAUCAUGGCAAUAGAAAUGGUGGAAGGAGAACCUCCUUACCUUAAUGAAAAUCCUCUCAGGGCGCUGUAUCUGAUAGCUACGAACGGGACACCAGAGCUGCAGAACCCCGAGCGACUGUCCGCUGUGUUCCGCGACUUUCUGAACUGCUGCCUGGAGAUGGACGUGGACAGGCGAGGGUCUGCCAAGGAACUUCUGCAGCAUCCAUUUUUAAAAUUAGCCAAGCCUCUCUCCAGCCUGACUCCUCUGAUCAUUGCAGCAAAGGAAGCGAUUAAGAACAGCAGCCGCUAGCGCUUCAGACCGGCCUUCUCCCAUGCCAGCUCAGAGCAGGACUGAGAAAAAAACUCUAUAAAACCUCAACUCUUGUGCUGCAGGACAGAUGGAUGGAUGAACAAACCAACGGUCACAGUCAUGGUGGUAGGAGGGAGAACAACUCAGUCCCUCAAGAAGUAAAAAAUU